AUGAACUUAAGUCUCAUCAAUGCAUAUUACAAAGUUACCGAAGGAGAAACACAGACAAAAAAGUACGCGGAGAAACUGGUGGAACUCUGGACAGAAAACUACCCAGACAAAAUAUUUACCGGCAAACAUUUGGUCGCACAGGUCAAGAACAUAAAGACGAGAAAGCUUCUCUCCCCAGACGAACUCGAGAUGAUAAAGGCGGAAUCGAUCAGAAAAUCACCAGUCAAAGCAAUCAACAACAUAAGAAGGAGCAUCCACCGAAGAAGCCUGAACCUACAACAAGACAGCUCACAACAACAACAAAACAGCUCACAACAACAGCAAGAAAGUAACACACAACAGGAAGGAACCAAUAUACAAUCACAGCACGAACGAAUCGAAGAUGAUGAGACAACCCUGGAGAUACUCACUAUGUUCCAGGCAGCUGACCUUGAAUGGAAUGGAGUUGAGAUAACUAGACGACCCAGAAUAACCAAACUGACCAACAGUAAAGAUACCACCACAAUGAUGAAAGCCAUUGAUGAAGCCCUUGACAGAACAUUCAGCAACUCGACUAACUUGGAAGACUUGUGCCACAAGGUAUACUGUGCAGCCACCGUAGCCAACAUGAUCCAACCAACGAAGACGACGAACCCCAAAAUAACGCACCAACAACGAAACAACAAGCCCCCAUGGGAGGAGAGAAUCGAAAAAAAGAUCACGAACAUCCGACGAGAGAUAGGAGUCAUACACAGCUACCUGAACACCACGAAACCAUCCAAAAAACUUGAGAAGAAAGUACAGAAGUACGCAGAUAGGAGAAAACUGAAGAAAAGUGAUGACAAAUACCACCAACACCUGAAAGUACACAUGGAGACCAUGAAGCAGAAGAUCGCAGCUUUGGGGAGCCGAAUGCGAAGAUACCAUAAGAGAACUCAGAGACACCGGGAAAAUAACCUUUUCACGAAUAACCAGAAAGAGUUCUUCAGGAGCCUCGAUGAACAACAAAAACAUCCCGAAGAUAUCCCUCCGAAACCAACAGAGAUGCAAGAGUACUGGUCGAAUAUAUGGUCACGAAGCGAAGUGCACAAUAAGGAUGCACCGUGGAUAAAAACUCUAAUCGAAGAACAAACUGAUCUAGAAGAAAUGGCACCAAUAACAAUAACUACAGAAGACGUCAAUAACACUAUCCGCAGAAUGAAAAACUGGACCACCCCGGGCGUUGACAACAUACAUAACUAUUGGUGGAAGUCCCUCAAGUCAACACAUAAAGUGUUGGCCAGACUUUUUCAAGAGUCGCUGCAAAGUCCGGAGAGCAUCCCAAAAUAUUUCACCCAAGGUGCGACCUGCAUGCUUCCCAAAACAGAAAAAUUGUCUGACCCCAAGAACUACAGACCAAUCACGUGUCUUCCAUCAGCGUACAAGAUUUUAACAUCUACAAUAGGUUUCAAAAUAGUCACACACUUAAAGAACAACAAACUACUAGCCUGGGAACAGAAUGGCUGCAACAAAAACGGCAGAGGAGCUAAGGAACUUCUUGUUAUAGACAAUGCGAUCACGAAACAGGCAAGGAAAAGGUUGAAAAACCUAUCCAUGGCUUGGAUAGACUACCGCAAGGCUUUCGAUUCCGUCCCUCACACCUGGCUACUCCAAGUGCUUCAAAUAUAUAAAAUCAACCCUCGAGCAAUCCAACUACUGAAACACCUUAUGACCACGUGGCGCACAAAGCUGACAGUUAAACACGAAACCUUGUCCUACCAAACUGGUGAAAUCAGGAUAGCAAGAGGGAUUUUUCAGGGUGACAGCUUCAGUCCCUCAUGGUUCUGUGCAGCCAUGAACCCCAUCAGUAGUAUGCUGAACAGAUCAGCAUACGGUUACGCCAUUGAUAGUAACACUAUCCUUUCACAUUUGUUCUACGUGGACGACUUAAAGCUCUUCGCCAGAGGACGAAAACAGUUGGAGGGAGAACUAGAGCUGGUAAGGAAGUUUAGCGGCGAUAUCGGUAUGUCGUUGGGGUUGGAGAAAUGUGCAGUUGUGGAAGUCAAGAGAGGAAAGCUGGUUAGACAACAAAACAUCAAACUGGGAGAUGGUCGGGAAAUAAGAAGUUUAGGAGUUGAGGACAGCUACAAAUACUUGGGCAUCCAACAAACUUAUGAAAUACGUCAGCAAGAAAAUAAACGUGAAACCGAAAGUGAACUCCUCAGAAGAACGCGGAAAAUACUCGGGACACAGCUGUCGGCAAAGAACAUUAUAACGGCAAUCAACAUGUGGGCCGUACCAGCGUUCACUUAUACCGCUGGUGUGCUGUCAUGGUCAAAAACAGAUUUACAAAGAAUUGACCAAAAGAUUAGAACAACACUCACCAAACAUGGCUUGCUCCACCCUAAUUCAGCCGUGGAAAGAAUAUACCUACCUCGAAGAACGGGCGGACGUGGAUUGAGCAGUCUUGAAGAUACCUGUCAGAGAGAAGAGAGGAACAUUAUAGACUAUUUUCGCAAGAGAAAUAACCCUGUACACCAAUGGGUGGCUACUUACCAGCAAACAUCCAAUAGAGCAGGAAAAUCGCCACCGGUAGAACCUGAAAUGGAAAAUAGGUUAGAAAGGCUAAAACAGAGCUGGCAGUCUAAAUCACUUCAUGGCAGAUUCUAUGCCAGCCUGCAACAGGAAGAAGUGGACAGAACAAAAUCACAUACUUACCUCAUGCAAGGCUAUUUAUACCCACAAACCGAAGGAACAUUAAUGGCGAUUCAAGACCAGGUAGUGCCAACUAGAGUGUACGCGAAACACAUAAUGAAAUUGCAGGUUGAAACAACUAAAUGCCGCCUCUGCAACAUUGCUGAAGAAACAAUUCAGCAUCUCUCUUCAGGAUGCUCACAAAUAGCUGGUACAAAAUACCUGGCCCGGCAUAACGAUAUGGGGAAGGUAGUGCACCAACUUAUAUGUCUCCGAGAAGAACUACUACCGCACUUCACCCCUCACCACUUGUAUAGCCCACAGGCGGUACUAGAGAAUGACCAAACGAAGAUCUACUGGGAUCUGACCGUGGUGACUGACAGGGGUGCGGAACACAACAGGCCAGACAUGGUGGUGUGGAAUAAGACCAAGAAAACCGCACAUAUCAUCGAUUUUUCGGUGCCCCUGGAUAAUAACUUGUCUAAGGCAUAUGGGGAGAAGAUCACCAAAUAUAACGUCCUCGCUCGUCAGAUCAGAGACAUGUGGAAGUUGAAGUCGGUCACAAUACUUCCCUUGAUCAUAAGCGCCAAUGGGCUGGUCCACCGAAAAAGUUCCGCACAUAUAGAAGAACUUGACCUGCCUCCAAACACCAUAGCAUGGAUGCAGAAGGCCGUAAUACUGGGAACGGUUGGCAUAAUCCGACAGGUUAUAUAUCCUUAUUAG